UUGAAGGAUAUUGACAUUUAGUGUGCCUAGUCAAACUAGGAUAAGUUCUAUAGUUGUAAUAGGAGAGGUUUCCUACUCCAAGUUAGAUAAGGAAUCCUUGUACUCUUAGAUUAUGCACUUUGUAAUCCCUAUAUAUAGGGCUCCUAUUCUCUAUAAUGAAAUACACUUCUCUCAUCAAUCUCUCUCAAUACCAAUAUACUUAAACACGUUAUCAGCACGACUCUAGCCAAAAAGCAAAAACCGUAAAACAAAACCCAAAACUUCCUUUGCCAAAAAUCUGCCGCAAGCACUUGCCUGCAGCCUUCUGCCUACCUGCGUGCCUACUGCCCCUGCAGCCCCUAGCCCAAGCUAGCCGAGCCUCCGCUGCACCUGCCCCGCGCGCGCCCCGCGCUACGCGCCCCUGCGCUCGUCUGCCUACCUGCGCGCCCGUGCGCCUGCAGCCCUGCUGCCUGCCCUACCAGCGCGCCCCUGCGUCCGCAGCUGCCUGCUUGCGUGCCCGUGCACCUGCAGCCUUGCAUCAAGCUGCUAGCCUGCAGCUGCUCCUGCAGCCCUCUCGGCCCUGCCUCCUCCUGCAUCUCUGCUGCCCCUGCAGCAACUAUUUUCGGCCUAACCUCCUGCAUCCUUCGGCAGCAAGUAAAAUCCUUAACUGCCAUCACCACCGCAGCCCCUGCUGCCCCGCAUCCGCUGCACGCCUCUACUCAGAUUACUUCGCUCCAUCACGCCUGCAUCGACACGCGCGUGAUCCAAAACCAACAAGAUGUCAAAACUUGACUUUCCUAUCCUUGACUCAACUGGCUCGGAAUAUCAUAGUUGGGUCACGGAUGUUGAGAACCAUCUCACUUCAAAAGGGAUCCUACCCGUAAUUCAAGCACCAAAUCCCGACCUCAUAUUUGAGCGUACGGCUACAAAUAAUGCCACCGCUCUCAUCUUGAUGAGACGCCACAUGGAUAAAUCACUCCGAUUGGAGUACAUGGCAAUCAAGGAUGCUAGAGAAUUAUGGGUUGCGCUAGAAGAGCGUUUUGGUAAUGUAAAGGAUACCCUCCUCCCUGACUUGAAAGUUCAAUGGAACAAUCUACGAUUUGCUGACUUCAAGUCUGUAGCUGAAUAUAAUUCAGAAGUUCUUCGCCUCAAGACCAUGUUGGGGUUCUGUGGACAACCCGUCACAGAGCAAGAACUAAUUGAGAAAACUCUCUCCACCUUCCCCGUCUCAGCAAUUUUGCUCUCAAAGCAAUAUCGAACGGAAUUCGAUACUAGACGGCUCACGAGAUUUCAUCAGCUCAUUACUGUAAUGUCUGUAGCUGAAAAACAUGAUAAUAUCCUCGUGAGAAAUUAUAAUUCAAGGCCUAUAGGAACUAAGAGCGUUCAAGAGGCGAAUUAUAAUGAUGCACCCAAAGGAGGGCGCAAGGAGCGGAACCCUAAGAAUAAGGGACACAACGGACGUUCUGGUCCAUAUAACCGCCCUACAAAGGAAGGUACUCGUCAGAAUGAAGGACGAUCACGUGGCAAUACAUGGCAACGUGGGAGAGGAGGCCAUGGGGCUCCAGGACAUGGAGGAACCACCCAAGGCCGUGGGAAUGGCGCCAACUCCUAUAGGGGACGCCACCCAAGUGCAAACAAUGCACCUCAAUUAAAGGGAGAAAAUCACAAUGACAUGUGUCAUCGAUGUGGAUCUAGUGAGCACUGGUUCAAACAAUGCAAAGCAAGCAAACAAUUAGCUGCGCAUUACAAGGCAUUUAGAGACUUCAGAGAACAUGAAGCCAAUUUUGCCGAAAAUAUAGAAGAAGAUGGUGAUGAUGCCAACGUCAAUCUCACCAUAGCGGACUUCAAAUCUGACAAAGAAUUGCACAAAGAUGCUGCAGAUUUUGAUUAGUAUAGUCCUUUACUUUUCCAAGAAUUAUGUAAUGGCAAUUAUGCCUUAAAUCAAUAAAAUGACUUAUUGUAUUAACUUUUUCCCUCUAGGCGUACUCAAGAGUACUUGUGAUGUCUAGGCAAGGUUUGAUCUGAGAGAACGGUUUUAAAAGUGAGCAACGCUCCACCAAAAUCUCGCCUUACCUUACCUGGUCACAACUAAAUUGAAAUUACCGAACGGAUUGAGUGACUACGAUUUGUCUACGGUUUGAUUUUUAUAUUGGAUUAGAUUUUGGUCAAGAAACUUUGAUGUAAUCAUUGGCUAUUUUAAUAAAGUUUUCGAUUUGUUCUAUACAAUGUCUUGGACAUAUUUUUAAUUCGAACUUUAUUAUUUUUCAGUAUGUUUCCUGGAGAGCUAGAAUGCCUCGUGGAUAGUGCAACUACACAUACUAUCCUUCGAAAUAGACAGCUAUUUCUAUGGAUGACACCAUCUCGAUCUUCCGUGACUACGAUGGCUGGAUCAUCUCGAUUGAUCCAUGGUCGAGGACCAGCCCAAUUUAUGUUGCCAAA